GAAAAUUUGUCUCCAGAAUUGAUUGGAUACAGUUAGGCGAAAGCAAUACGAAGUUCUUUCACUCUUUUGCUAAAAGGAGGAGGAAUCAAAAUGCUAUUAAACUUCUAAUCAAGGAAGACGGGUCUAGAUGCUGCACUCAACAACAGAUUAAAGAUGAAGUAGUAAGUUUCUACCAGAACCUGAUGGGUCAUGCUGCUGAUCGUAUUCCAAUGGUUGAUAAAAAAAAGUUCUUUGACGAGGGAGUAUCCUUCAUACUCAGCAACAACAGAAGCUUAUGCUUCCUUUUACUGCUGCUGAAAUAAAAAGUGCUCUCUUUGGUAUGGAUUCUCAAAAUUCUCCAGGUAUGGAUGGCUUUAAUGUGUCUUAAUGCUAGCUCUGCCAAGGAGUACAGACCUAUUGCUUGUUGUUCGAUCCUCUAUAAAAUUAUUUCUAAAGUCUUAGCUAGCUAACAGGAUGCAAGCUGUGUUAGCUAGCUUGGUUUGGAAUUGUCAGUCUGCAUUUGUGAGGGGUAGGGUAAUCUUUGAUAACAUUUUACUGAGCCAUGAACUCAUUAAAGUUUAUGGUAGGAAGAAUAUUUCCCCUCGUUGUAUGAUCAAGAUUGAUCUUCAGAAAGCAUAUGAUUCUGUAGAGUGGUCAUUCCUUAAAUAUUUACUGCUUGAGUACGGUUUUCCUUCUAUAUUUGUCACUUGGAUUAUGUCUUGCCUUUCCUCUGUGUCUUACUCGUUCAAUGUCAAUGGAGAACUCACUUUUCCUAUGGAACGCAAAAAAGGAAUUAGGCAAGGAGACCCGAUAUCUCCAUAUUUGUUUGUUCUAAAUAUGGAGUAUAUGAAUAGAUGCUUAUUGGGUUUGAAAAAUAAUUCUGAGUUCAAGUUUCAUCCUAGAUGCAAGAAGUUGAAUUUAACUCAUGCCUGCUUUGCUGACGACCUCCUUCUUUUUUCAAGAGGAGACUUGAGUUCGGUUAAGCAAGCUAAGUGUUUACUGCUUUUAAUUCUUUUUCUGAGGCUUCUGGUCUGAGAGAAAAUCGGUCAAAGAGUUCAGUCUAUUUUGGUGGUGUGCAUCUUAGUAUUCAGGAUGAUAUUAUUUCCACUUUCAACCUUUCUAAAGGAGAACUUCCCUUUCGGUAUCUUAGAGUUCCUCUUUCUACCAAGAAACUCUCUAUUAUCUAAUGUCAACCGCUUAUAAGGAAAGUCCUUCAACGAAUUGAUUCUUGGUCUGUAAAGUUCUUGUCUUAUGCUGGUCGCAUCUAGUUGAUAAAGUCUGUCCUUUUUAGUACUUACUAGUGCCAAGUGUUUCUCCUCCCCCAAAAGGUUUUGAAAGUCAUACAAGCAGCUUGUCGGACUUUUUUGUGGACCGGUAAAUCUGGUGCUUCAAGGAGGGCUUUGGUUGCUUGGGAAACUUUAUGUUUACCUAAUUCAGCAGGUGGCUGGAAUUUUAUGUGCAUUAAAACUUGGAAUAAAGCUGUUAUCUGUAAACUUCUUUGGAAUUUGGCCCAAAAAAAGACAAAGUUUGGGUCAAAUGGGUAAAUGAGUAUUAUAUUAUGUCAAAGGCAGGAACCUCACCACAAUGGCAGUCCCAGCUCAAGCUUCCUGGGUGGUGAGGAAAAUUCUUGGAGCGGUUAUGUUUCUUAGUAACACUACUGAUGGUUGCUCUGCACUUCAGAAGAAUACUUUUUCCAUUAGUAAAAUGUAUUAUGAGAUGAGGGGUUUUGUUCCUAGUGUUCCUUGGAGGAAACUUAUUUGCAAUACUUUUGCUCUCCCAAAGUGCGUGUUCAUUACUUGGUUGACCGUCCAUGAUAGGAUGGUUACAUGUGAUAAUCUACAGAAGAUUGGGGUUCAAUGCAGUAUGCAAUGUUGUUUGUGUGAUGUAGGUUUUGAUACAGUGAGCCACCUGUUCUUUGAUUGCCCUUUUUCUACUAAUGUUUGGGGUGUUGUUCUUAAGUGGCUGGGUAUCAAUAGAAGGCCUGAGAAAUGGGAAAAUGAGCUUCAAUUUGUUGUUAUGAAGUACAAAGCAAAAUCGGGUUUUCAUCAGAUUUAUAGGAUGGUUGUCUCCAUCACUGUGUAUCUGCUAUGGAGGGAGCGAAAUGGAAGGAAGUUCUAACAGGUUGUUCAUACUCCUGAUUCAAUAGUGAAGGACAUCCAAUUAAUGAUUGCUGCUAGAUGAUACCGGUAUCCAAAGCUUGUGGGCUUAGUGCCUUAAUGUUGCUUGUUUGGUUUUCUUGUU